UACCACUUGAGUUCCAACAUAAUAGAAAGUGUUCUUUAUCAAACUAAGUAUAUUCUGCUACCACCAUCACAAAAUCCCUCCCCUAACCAAAUCAAACACAAAGAUAUGGAAGAAGCUCAGGUGCAAGUUUGGGAAGGCUAUGUAGAUUGGAGGAACAAACCUGCCAUCAAAGGACAUCAUGGUGGAAUGCUUGCUGCCUCCUUUGUUUUGGCUGUGGAAGUAUUGGAGAACCUAGCAUAUAUUGCAAAUGCAAGCAAUCUUGUUUUAUACCUUUCUAAGUUUAUGCACUUUUCACCUUCAAACUCUGCCAACAUUGUCACCAACUUCAUGGGAACGGCUUUCCUACUUGCUAUUCUUGGUGGAUUUCUUGCUGAUGCUUUUUUCACUACUUUUUCAAUCUACCUUAUAAGUGCUGCAAUAGAAUUCAUGGGUCUACUAAUGCUUACAAUACAAGCUCACAUACCACCACUCAAACCACCAAAAUGUGUUAUGGGAAGCACCAACAGUUUGUGCCAGACAAUUCAAGGUGGAAAAGAAGCCAUGUUAUUUGCAGGACUCUAUAUGGUAGCACUUGGAGUAGGUGGAAUAAAAGGUUCACUUCCUCCUCAUGGUGCUGAGCAGUUUGAUGAAACUACUACAGAAGGAAGGAAGAAAAGGUCUGAGUUUUUUAAUUACUUUGUCUUCAGCUUGUCAUGUGGUGCAUUGUUUGCAGUUACUUUUGUGGUUUGGAUUGAAGACAAUAAGGGAUGGCAAUGGGGUUUAGGUGUAUCAACUGCAUCAAUAUUGCUCUCCAUUCCAGUUUUUCUUCUUGGUUCACACAAGUAUAGAACCAAGGUUCCAGCUGGAAGCCCUAUCACACCUAUGUUCAAGGUUCUUGUGGCGGCAAUUUGCAACAACUACAAAUCCAAAAAUUCACCAACCAACGCUAUAACCAGCAUGCCAAUAACUCCAUCCUAUACAGCCGAAAUAGGAGAUGGAGAACACACCAACACUAGGAAGGAAAUAAUGAUAGAUCAAACACCAAUAUCACAAAGCCUAAAAUGCCUUAACAAAUCAGUAAUUGAACCAGUUCAUUCAAAAUUAAAAUGCACAGUAAAAGAAGUAGAAGAUGUGAAAAUUGUAUUAAAAAUCCUUCCCAUAUUCAUGUCAACCAUAAUGCUAAACUGUUGUUUAGCUCAAUUAUCAACAUUUUCAGUUCAACAAUCAUCGACAAUGAACACAAUGCUCGGUUCAUUCAAAGUCCCUCCAGCAUCACUACCUGUAUUCCCUGUCCUCUUCAUCAUGAUCCUUGCACCACUCUACAACCAUGUCAUUGUUCCAUUUGCUAGAAAAAUAACCAAAACUGAAAUGGGAAUAACACAUCUACAAAGAAUAGGAAUAGGGCUAUUCCUAUCAAUUGUAGCUAUGGCUGUUGCAGCAUUAGUCGAAACAAAAAGGAAAAAAACAGCUUCAAAAUUUGGUUUAUUAGAUUCAACAAAACCACUUCCAAUAACAUUCUUGUGGGUGGCUUUACAAUAUAUGUUUUUAGGUUCAGCUGAUCUUUUUACAUUGGCUGGCAUGAUGGAGUUUUUCUUCACUGAAGCACCAUGGAGUAUGAGGUCUUUAGCAACAGCACUUUCAUGGACUUCAUUGGCUAUGGGAUAUUUUCUUAGCACUGUUCUUGUUUCUGUUAUUAAUAAGGUCACUGGGGCAUUUGGACAAACACCUUGGCUGCUGGGUGAAAACUUGAAUCAUUAUCAUCUUGAGAGGUUUUAUUGGUUGAUGUGUGUGCUUAGUGGACUUAAUUUUGCUCAUUAUAUAUUUUGGGCUAAUUCAUACAAAUAUAAAUCUUCACCAAAUCAUGGAUACUAGAACAUAUAUAUAACUUAAUAACUAGAACUAGAACAUAUAUGUAUAACCAUUUAUUCUUGUUGGUUAAGAGUGUCCUUUAUAUAUAUUAUAUACCAUGAGAGAUAUAUAUGCAUGGAUUAAUAUUGAAUUAUUAUGUAGUGUUAUUUAUCA